UGCUCAGGAGUAGGGAGUAUUCCAUCGCAGACUCCCAGUACAGGAGUCCGUACCUAGACUAGAUGGCGGGGCCAUGGCGAGGAAAGGCGGGCGAUCCACUUGCUGCUGGCAUGUCUGCAUGCCACGUCGAACAGGCGACUUCGUUUUCCAGCCACCAGCGCACCAAUCAAGUAGGAUUGUCAAUGAUUAUUGAGAGGCAACCACGGAAUGGAAAAGAAAAAGAAAAGGAAGAAGAAAAAGAAAUCAAGGAAGGAAGAGUGACCCGAGUGAGUGAGUGAGUGAGUGAGUGAGUGGUGUGGGGAUGGAGAUGUAGUUCAGGAUAAGGAGAGAAGGAUCGGAGAGAGUGGAAAAGACCUUAGUAUGUAUGAAUGAAUACUGUGAUUAACUGACUACUAUACCUACAGCUUGGAGUAACUUGGUACCUACCUGGUACCGUGGACCGUCUAUACAUACAUACCUACUAUGAGCCUGGAGCAGGAGCAUGAUUGCCUGAUUGGGAAGGAGUGGCUUACCGCGGCGGGCCGGGGUCACUGGCAGGCUCCAGGCUCCGCUCAGUGCCUGAAGGUACAGUACAAGACAACAGUACAUUACACUAAAGCACCACCACUACUACUACUACUACUACUACUACUACUACUACUACUACUACUACUACUACUACCAACACCACUGUCCAUACUUGAGGUAUCCUCUGGCAUCCUCUGGCAUCCUCUGGCAGCCAGCUUGAUCCUAUCUACCUUCCAGGCCCUCAUCACUCUUUCUUCGUUCAUUCUAGCUUCCCAGUUGAUUCACGUCCUUCCUCCCUCGAUCCUUCCUUCGUCACCGAGCAGGGGUCUCGAACCAUCUUUUAUUCCCUCUCCUACACGAUUCUUACUACCUUCACGAGUAAUGACCUCAUCCCGACUCAUUUUAACGCCCGCGGAUUUCCCUUUACACUCACUCUUCUACUAUCGACCGACUACAGCUCACUGGAUCGCCGGGACGUCAAGGGCCGAUAUCAAACCUACGUGAACUGAAUAAGGGAUUCAGCCAAUACCCAGUCCUUCCCUGCCCUGACUCGUCCGUGGAUCUCC